AUGUAUAAUGAAGACUUCAAAGAUAUGCAAGUAGAGUUACCUCUCACUAUUGAAACUAUCAUGAAAAUCUCGGCCAGAUAUCAUCCGGAAAGUGGAAAAAUUGAUUAUGGAUUCUCUAUCCGUAAAGGUUUAUUCAUGCAACAUGUAAAGGUAUGGGCCGUCACUGCAAGUCAAGAACAGAUUUACACGAGAUUAAAAAUCCUUGAAAAAGUUUAUAAGAUUUACAAUUCCGAACAUAUUAAUCGUUGCGCAAUUCAAGACCAAGAUAAUUUCAUUUUACCGAAAUAUUUUAAAAAUGAUGAGGUUGAGGUAGCAAAGUUCAUCAACGAAGUGUUGGACAACGAGUGGCUAUUAGAAGAUUCAUUCAAGUCGCUCAUUUUGAGUGGCUCUGAUUUCACUUUUCAAGUAUCUAAGACUGGGUACGAUAUAAUUAAGCAUCCUAAGUCGACUGUCAUUUUUGGACGAUCGUUAAAGAAAUACUUCAACCAAAUGCAAAAAUCAGCGGAGCUUGCUGGAGAAACGAUUUCGAAGGCUCAAUUCAUUGAAUGGAAGAAGGAAUACGGAAGUAAUAAAGCGCUUGAUGACAAUAUGAUGAGGUUAAAACCCUGGGGCACGAAUAUUGGGGUGGAUUAUCUAUCAAGAGAAGAAUACCGGUCUAUUAGUAACAGGAAAUACCCAGCAUAUACUCACAAUCGUGAUGAGAUUAAUGAUUUAUUUGAGCGAUAUGAGAAGGAUAAGGCGCAAAAUUAUGACUUUGAUUCAGUGGACAGAACUAAAUCCAUAUUACGUGCAACCAAAACUAGAACAUUUGGUGGGCCGCAUAUACGUGAUGUGGCACAAUGUAUAGCCCGAGGGUCUACUUUUCGAUUCGAGGACUUAUACUCAUUAAUUCACCAAUGGGAACACAAACGAGUCUUGACCGAAAACAAUCGAUAUAGUUCCUAUAAACCAAAAAAGUUCGAACUAAACAUUAAUUCCCGUUCCCAUAGAGGGAUCCUUCGACUAGCACCUUCAGUAAUUUACCUCCUUCAGAAAUUCUUUCCUAAUUCAAUUGACAAUCUAUCACCUGAACUCAGUGAGAUCGGUGGUCCACAACCUAUUAUCUUUGAGGGUUGUCAGGCAGAAAAUCUAUUUGCCUAUAAAAAUGAUAUCGAAAAUGAAGAUGCAUUUAUUAAAUUUGGAGCUGAUCAGGUCAUUAUCGCCAAAGGGAUGGAGUUUAAUGAUAUGUUAUUGUAUGCUUUCUUUACCGAUUUGCCCGCACUUUUACAUUGGCGAGUAAUUCUCUCAGACUUGGAAGACUAUUCUGAGCUAGAGAACAUCUCUGGAUUUUUGAUGAAAAUUCCGAGAAUAAUGAGCCAAUUCGGAAAUACUGGAGACACUAAAAGCUAUCAAGUAGUCCCAUCACAGUGGAAUUGUGAAGGAAGGACGUUUUUUGAGCAACGGAAGUAUGAACAGGCUAUUUUCUGCUUCAAAAGGAGUGGAAAUGGGAAAGGCGAAAAAUUAGCCUAUGCAUAUCAUCUUCAACAGUUAGCCAGGACUUCCUUCGUAACCGAUGACGAUGACACAAUUAUAGAGGCCAACUUCACAAAAGCUGCUAGUGCCUUUGGAGAAUGUUCCCGAUUGCCACACGCGGUUUCUUGUUAUGAGAAUAUUAACAUGUUUAGAGAAGCUGGUGAACUUUAUUCUGAAUCAAAAAUGUUUGGGAUGCCGCGUGUUGUUAUCGAGAGAUUAGGAUGUGGAACGAAGCAAUUUGUAACUCUUAUCCAAACUAUUGAACAAGGUACAAACAAGAUAUCAGUGAUGAGACGACCCAUAAUCUCAAUAUCCACUUUCAAAAUACUACAUUCGCAUGAUAAGUUCGAAGAGGCCGCUGAUAUGCUAAAUCGUUCAGUUGAUGAUGACGAGAAUACAAAUGAUGCUACUCAGUACUUAUUACGACUAUGCAGAAUUAACGUACUGAAAGAGAUAUUUACAGAUUUCACAAGCUUAAGUACCAUGCAGGAAUUGAAUAGGCUUCAAACCAAAGCGGCCGAGUCUCUCAAAAAUUAUAAUUCCAACUGA